UUCUGAGUGGCUGAGUGACAUGCCCCAGGCACACAGCUGGGAGCGCAGGGACAACCUUGUCCCGGUCAGCGCUCUUCCCGCAGCCAGCACGUGGGGCUCCAUUUCCUUCCGCGCUACCGUCCAGUCCCCGCCGACCCUCCAUCCUCAGCCCCGGCUGCAUUUCGGCGGCAGGAAGACAGACCAGCAUGUGAACCGGGAGUGAGGGGGUGUCGGGUAACCCCGCACCUCCAGCCAGACAGCGUCCUCAGGCGGAGGUCUCCGCUCCUCGGCCCGGUGUGGGAGCGCGGGGCUGCCCGGAGCCCGAAGGACAGAGGAUCCAGGCCUUCUCCCGGCUCCCCCGAGCGCCCCGCGCGGCCCGGCUCCCAGCCUCCGCCCUCCGCGGCCCCUCCGGGCGCGCCCACCCCACCCCCAGCCGUCCGCACACCUGCGCGCCCCUCCCCCCCGCCCCCCGCAGGGUGGGUCCGGGGGCCGCGCCCAGCCGGGGCCGGACGCGCGUGCGAAACCUCCCGCCAGACAGCGGAGGGGGAACUCUGGCCGGGAUCGCGGGCUGGCUGCUGGCGGCCGGGCGCCGCGUUGGGGCCGGGAGCGGGGCCAUGCUGGGCCGGCGGCGCGUCUUCGCCGUGGAGCCGCUCGGCGGCCGGGAUGGGGUUGGUGAGGACUUGGCACACGGUUGUGUAGUACCUGGAGUCAGCAGCACCUACCGACGGAUCCCAGACGCGGCUCAAGAUUGGUCACUGGACUCCUGGAAGAGAGAUGGCCAGCUGAGAGGUCCCAGGAGGCAGCAACCACUUCUCAAACUGGCUUCCAGGGACUCAGGAGUGGAGAUGGUGGUUGGGGACGGGCCCCUGACGACCUCACCGGGCCUUUCUCAGGUCUGUCUGGACUUUGAGCCUACAGGGAGCCCUGAGCCCCUGGCCCUUGCUCCCGUGGAGCCUCCUGCCCAUCUUGGCCGGCUUCUGGCCAACCGUAAGCUGGAGCAGGUGCUGGAGCGCUCCCGCCGGCUCCCCACUUCCCCCGCCAGCAUGUCACGACACUGCAGCUCACUGAAUUCCCCCUGCGAGCCGGAAAGUCAAGUGCCCCCUUUUGGAGCUGGGGAACAGGAGGCCACAGAGGCGGAAACUGACCUAGAGGCAGGCCUGGAGGAAGCAGAGGUGGCGGGAGCCCUGGGGCCUGAAGCCUGGGCCUGUCUCCCAGGACAAGGGCUCCGAUACCUGGAACACCUGUGCCUCGUGCUGGAGCAGAUGGCAAGGCUCCAGCAGUUCUACUUGCAGCUGCAGACCCAGAGGCCCCUACCGGAUCCUGAAGUGGAGGAAGAGGAGAUAGAGGGGGCAGGGGGGGAGCCAACCCUGGCCCCUUCACCGCCACCCUCUUGUGACACAGGCCCUGAGGUGCAUGAACUGCUCAGCCAGAGGCAGGAGGCAGGGGCAGAAACAGCUGCACCCCUAAAGGCUGGGCUGCCCAAUGCCAACCCUCCCAGGCUCUUAGAGGCCGCCGCUGAACCAGCUCAGAUCUUUGCCCCCUCCCAGGGACACAAGCGGGAUCUCUCCCACUGGAACAAGGUCAAGGUCCUGCUCAACCGGAUCCGUUGGAGGAGCCCGAAACACCCUGAGUCCCCUGCCCUUCCUGAUGGCCCUGCCCCUAGGACUGAGUCAAGAGGCGUCCCUGAAAGACCUCCAUGCCAGCCCCUCCGAAAGACCUUUAUGCCAUCAUUUGUGGUUAAGAAGCAACGAGCAAAAAACCUUUCUGUAUGCUGAGACCUCCUGGUGCAGGGAUGUGACCCUGGGUUGGGGGGUGCGCAGUGAAGUCUUCUUCCUUGCCCUUUGCCCUGUUGCUGCUUCUGGGCACUGCCAGGAAGUGAUGCUCACCCUUCUCUCUGAGGAGAGGGCUGGAUCUUUCUCCUCUGGGCAGCCUGGCAGAGGAGCCCUAGCUCCCUGAGAGGCCCCAAGGUGCAGCAGUCCCCAGGCUCCUUGCUGGUAGCCAGAAAUCCCUGGGCCUAGUCAAUGUGAACUAACUUAUUUAUCAGGAGUCCAUGGAGUGUGUUUAGCAUGGUGAUCUACUGGGGCCUAGUGUGUCACAGAUGCAUAUUUGUGCAAAAUGAUCCAUGUAUCUCCGUGAGUCGGUCACUGUUGUGAACUGGCUGGAUCCAACCAUCUCUUCUGAAUCAUACACCCAGAGGGUUGGUUGAUCUUCUGGGUGAGGUAACUGUAGAAGGAUGGAAGCGACCUCCAUUCCUCAGUGUGCAGUUACUGAUUUGGAGUCCUACUUUCUUUCUCGCACCUUCGUGGGUAGCCCCAGGACAGGGUGGCGCGGGGAGGGGGUACGGAUGAACUACUAUUUUGGGAGCCUCUGCAUGGAGUCUUGCUUGUGAAGCAGAGCCCCCAAAGACAACCUGGAAUGGAAGGGUCAGGGACAACACGGAGAAUAGCAGAGUAAGCUUCAAGGUCUGUCUGCAGCCGCUUUGGUCCCUAAUAACCUUUACACAUCAGAGCUGAAACCAGACACUCAUACUAGCUUUUAGACCUUGAUAAAAAUCCCUUAACUUUUCUGAGCCAUAGCUUCCUACUUAAAAGUGUCCCGGAUGGUUUAAUGAUACCUGCCCUACCUACCUCACAGUCUUAUUAUGAAGAUAAAAUGAGAUCAAACUCUCAAA